AUGGCUACCCCUAGUGUCCUAGCUUUUGACGCUGAGGGUCGCGCCAUUGAUUUUGAGGUCUGGUUAGACGACCUGCAGCUGUUCUUACAGUGCGACAGGGCUGACGACCUUUCUCUCUUUGAUCUCACCUCUGGCGCCUCUCCUGCUCCUGCUGCUGAUGCUGAUCCCGCUGUCCGCUCUAAGUGGGCCACCCGCGAUGCUGCUGCACGUCUUGCUGUGCGUCGCCACCUCCCUACCUCUGAGCGUGCGCACUUCAGUCAGUACAAGAGUGCUCAGACCUUGUACGACGCUGUAGUUGCGCGCUACUCCUCCCCUGCCACUGCUGCACUGAGCCGUCUCAUGCUUCCCUACCUCUUUCCUGACCUCUCUGCCUUUCCCACUGUAGCUGACCUCAUUACGCACCUCCGCACUAGUGACACUCGCUACCGCGCCGCCCUUCCUGCUGAGUUCUGCGCUAAGAACCCCCCCCCCAUGUACAUCGCUCUCUACUACGUAGUCGCGCGCCUCCCUGACUCCCUUCGCGUCGUCAGGGACCACUUUCUCGCAGUCUGUCCCACCACCCUCACCGUCGACCUCCUCGAGAAGGCCCUCCUCGCAGCGGAGAAGAGCAUAGUCGCUGUAGGUGCUUCUCGUGGUGACCCUCGCACCCCCAUCUUUGAGGGGUGCUCUCCUUCCCCCUUGCUGCCCUCUGUUGCCUCUGCUGCUGCUGCCGACCUGCUUGGUCUUGAGUCGGUCGGCGCGGCGUCUGCCCCUAGUGGGAGACGUCGCUCCAGCAAGGGCAAGGGGGGCAAGGGCGCGGGUGGAGCUGGAGGGGGCGGUGGCGGUGGCGGCGGUGGCGGCGGAGGGAGUGGGGGUGGCGGCGGGACUAGUGGCGGGGGUGGUGGUGGUGGUGGUGGCAGCAGCGGCGGAGAUGGUGGUGGUGGUGCCAGCGGUGGUGGUGGAGGCAGCGGCGGAGGUGGAGGCGGCGGAGGUGGAGGCGGUGGAGGCGGCAGCGGAGGAGGCAGUGGUGGUGGAGGAGGUGGAGCUGGUCGGGGUGGUACCCAGCAGCGUAGCGGCGGUGGUGGUGGCCAGCGCUCGCAGCGGCAGCAGCAGCAGCGCUCGCGGGACAUCCCUUCGCCUCAGCAGCUUCGUGAGUGGUACGCUGGGCGUCAGAGGGGUGGGGGUACUGGUCCCUGCACCUACGUUCUUCGUUCCGGCGACCGCGCGGGUGAGCAGUGUGGGGGUGCCCACGCCACCCAGCGCUGCUUUGGCCGCCUGACGGACGCCUGGCGUCAGCAGUUCCCUGGGGCUAGUGAGAUCCCUCGCUGGGAUGAGCUUCUCAGGGCUGGUGUAGCGAUCUUUGAUCUUGAUUUUGAUGCUAUCCUUACUGCUAUGUAUGUUGUGGAUUAUAGUGAGGAGAAUGAGGGUUACCGUUGUUUCCAGCCCGACCCGGGCAUUGGUACUGCUGCGCUAGGUGCUUGUGAGGCUGCUGCUCUAGGUGCCAGUGCGUCUGCGCUCUCAGGUACUGGUGAGACUGCGCUCUCAGGUACUGCAUCGUCCUCGUCCUCCCUCACUUUCACACUUGACUCCGGAGCUUCUCGCUCCUUCUUUCGAGACCGCACUACCCUUACGCCGCUCGGCCGGCCGGUUGCAGUCUCCCUUGCUGACCCCUCUGGGGGUCCUGUCCUGUCUCACUUCUCAACUGUCCUCCCGUGUCCGGCUGCCCCUUCGGGCACCCUGUCGGGUCUGUACCUUCCCUCGUUCUCUACGAACUUGGUGAGUGGAGCGGACCUGCAGGAUGUGGGUGUUCACCAGUUCACUCCUGCGAGUCAGCGGGUGACCCACUGCACGGAGGCACGCACAGGCCGACACCUGGCCACGUUCUCGCGUCGGCCGGGGUCGAGUCUCUACACCCUGACCGUUGAGUCUCCUCCUGUCCCUGCGUCUGGUCAGGUGGCUGCGUCGGGUCAGGUACUUGCUGCUGCGUCCCGGUCAGGUCCUGAGUCUGCCCCCUGUUCUUGUCGCCUCCUGUCUCACGAGACUCUCCUGUGGCACCACCGUCUUGGCCACCCCUCCUUGCCCCGUCUUCGGAGCAUGGCUUCCCGUGUCCUUGUCUCUGGUCUUCCCCAGUCUCUCCCUCCUCUCCCCUCCGGGCCAGGACCUUCCUGUGUCCCCUGUGUUGAGGGUCGCCUCCGGGCUACUCCUCACUCCUCCCACUUCCCCCCGACAGAGGCUCCCCUGCAGACACUUCACAUGGAUGUGUGGGGCCCAGCCCCCGUCCGUGGGCAGGGUUACGAGCGCUACUUCCUGUUGGUGGUUGACGACUACUCGCGUUACACCACAGUCCUCCCCUUGCGCAGCAAGGGUGAGGUCACUGAGGUGCUGAUCGACUGGAUCCGCGAGGCUCGUCUCCAGCUCAGGAAGAGCUUCGUCUCGGACUUUCCUGUUCUGCGUCUGCACUCUGACAGAGGCGGAGAGUUCUCUUCUCGCCUUCUGCGAGACUACUGUCGUGCACGGGGGAUCCGCCAGACCUUCACGCUUCCGGACUCACCACAGCAAAAUGGGAUUGCUGAGCGCCGCAUUGGCAUGGUCAUGGAUGUCGCUCGUACGUCCAUGAUGCAUGCGGCUGCCCCCCAUUUUCUGUGGCCGUUUGCGGUGAGGUACGCGGCGCAUCAGCUCAACCUUCACCCCCGGGUCUCUCGACCUGCGAUGUCCCCAGCCUUGCUGUGGACGGGGAAGGUUGGCGAUGCGUCUGUGUUCCGUGUCUGGGGAUCUCGGGCGUUUGUCCGCGACUUGUCUGCGGACAAGCUGUCCCCUCGUGCUGCUCCCUGUGUCUUCCUUGGCUUCCCCACUGACGCCCCAGCGUGGCAGUUUUACCACCCCUCCUCUCGUCGUGUUCUGUCCUCCCAGGACGUCACGUUCGACGAGUCAGUCCCCUUCUACCGUCUCUUCCCCUACCGCACUCCUUCCCUCCCCCCUCCCCCGGACUUCCUUGUGCCGGUUCCCCCCCCGGUAGACCCCCUCCCCCCUCAGGUUCCUGCCCCCUCAGGUGUGUCCCAGGUAGACGCAGUUGACCCGGUCGAGGUUACUGGUGACUCUGGUGCUGCUGCGGGUGCUGAGCCUGGGGGUGCUGACUCUGGGGGUGCUGUGCGUGGGGGUGCUGAGCCUGGGGGUGCUACUGCUGGGGGUGCUGGGCCUGAGGGUACUACUGCGGAGGGUGCGGAGCCUGGGGGUGCUGAGCCGGGGGGUGCUGUGCCUGGAGGUGCUGGGUCUGGGGGUGCUGGGUCGGGAGCUGCUGAGCCUGGGGGUGCUGAGCUGGGAGCUGCUGGGCCUGGGGGUGCUGCGUCUGGAGCUGCUGAGCCUGGGGUUUCUCCUGCUGCUGCGUCUCGCCGGGAGCCCCUCUCUCCACAGGAGCUGCGCGAGUGGUUCGCUCGCCGCUGGAGGCGUGCUGCUGAGUCUGGAGGUGCUGCUGGAGCUGGAGCUUCUUCGACCGUCGAGGGUGCGGGUGCUGCCGGUCCCGGAGCUGCUGGACCUGCGGGUCCUCCCGGAGCUGGAGCUGCUGCGGGCGCUGGUGCUGAGCCUACUUCUGUUGGUCCUGCCGCUGGAGGUGUGGGUGGCGCUGGUGCUGUCGCUGAGGGUGCUGGUGCUGUCCCUGCUGCGUCUGGAGCUGCAGCGCGGCCUCGGCCGUACUUCGUUCCGCUCCUGCAGCAGGUUCUUGGUCUUUCUCCUCCAGUAGAGGGUCCACCGCCUGUCCAGUCACAGUCCCUGCUGGAGCCUUCCUCUCCACUGCUUGCUCCCUCUCCUUACACUGGUCCUACUGGAGGUCUCGUGAGCGUCUCUUCUCUUCCUGCGCUUGCCGACCCUGGGUCGGACUCUCUUCGUGCUGCCAGUCCUACUGUCACGCGUCUGCUUGCUACUGUCGUCACUGACCCCUCUUUUGAGUCCACUGCUGCGUCUGCUCUAGUCGCUAAGCUCGUCGACUUUGCUGCUCGCUGUCGUCUCGACUACGCUGCUGGUCUUGUUGCUGAGUCUGCGUCUGUCUGUCCUCCGUCCGUCGGGGGUGAGUGUGCUCUUGGCACGGACGUCCUAGAGGACAGGCAGGAGGAGUUACAGUGUCUAGCGACUGCUUCACCUCAUCUCGCGUCUGUACUGCUUGCCCCUGAGGGAGACCCGGAUGCACUAGACAUCCCGACUCCGCGUUCUUACGCGGAGGCCGUAGAGGGUCCCUACUCCUCUCAGUGGCAGGCAGCUAUGGAUGCAGAGAUGGCUUCCUGGAAGUCCACAGGCACCUACGUUGACGCGGUUCCCCCUCCUGGGGCGAACAUCGUCAGUGGCAUGUGGAUCUUCAGGGUGAAGCGGCCGCCGAGCUCUCCACCUGUCUUCAAGGCACGGUACGUUGCUCGUGGCUUCAGUCAGCGGCAGGGAGUUGACUACUUUCAGACCUUCUCUCCCACCCCGAAGAUGACUACUCUUCGGGUGCUGCUGCACAUAGCCGCUCAGCGCGACUACGAGCUUCACUCUCUCGACUUCAGCACUGCGUUCUUGCAGGGUAGCCUGCACGAGGAGAUCUGGCUUCGCCGUCCACCUGGCUUCACUGGGACUUUCCCUCCUGGCACCCAGUGGAGCCUCCGACGGCCAGUCUACGCUCUCCGCCAGGCACCGCGAGAGUGGCACGACACACUGAGGACUACGCUUGCGGCUCUUGGGUUUGCUCCUUCUACUGCUGACCCGUCGCUGUUUCUUCGCACCGACACUUCCCUGCCGCCGUUCUACAUCCUCGUGUACGUCGACGACUUGGUCUUUGCCACAGCGGACACUGCUGGACUCGCCUACGUGAAGUCCGAGCUGCUGAAGAGACACACGUGCACAGACCUGGGUGAACUGCGCAGCUACCUUGGCUUGCAGAUCACUCGGGACAGAGCACGCCGCACCAUUACCUUGACUCAGUCACACAUGGUGCAGCAGGUUCUUCGGCGCUUCGGCUUCACGUACUCCUCGCCUCAGGCCACUCCUCUGCCUACUCGCCACUCACUCUCAGCUCUGCCUUCGGAUGAGUCCGUAGAGUCGAGUGGUCCGUAUGCAGAGCUUGUUGGCUGCCUCAUGUACCUGAUGACCUGCACACGACCUGACCUUGCAUACCCUCUGAGCAUUCUUGCUCGCUAUGUUGCUCCUGGGAGACACAGACCAGAGCACAUGGCUGCAGCGAAGAGGGUAUUGCGCUACCUGUGCAGCACGUCGGGCAUGGGGCUAGUGCUUGGAGGGCGGAGUCCAGUGGUCCUUACCGGCCACGCGGACGCUUCUUGGGCUGACGACCAGGCUACGCAGCGGUCGUCACAGGGUUACACCUUCAGCCUUGGUUCCGGCUCUGUCUCGUGGCGGUCUACUCGCUCGUCUUCGGUUCUCGGCUCCAGUUGUGAGGCUGAGAUCUACGCCGGGGCCAUGGCUGCACAGGAGCUUCGCUGGCUCACCUACCUGCUGACUGACCUUGGAGAGCCGCCUCGUUCUCCUCCAGUGCUGUACGUAGACAACAAGGCCAUGCUGGCCUUGUGUCGAGAGCAGCGCUUGGAGCACAGAACGAAGCACAUUGCUCUCCGCUACUUCCUUGCUCGUGAGCUGCAGCAGCGUGGUCAGUUGCGACUUGCGUACGUGGCCUCUGAGGCCAACACUGCUGAUGUCUUCACCAAGGCACUCGCGCCUUGUGACCAUCAGCGCUUUUGCACCCAGCUGGGUCUUGUGCCUGUCUUGCCUCACUUGCUCUCCUCUUGA